AUGCAAAUCUUCGUCAAAACCCUCACCGGCAAGACCAUCACCCUCGAGGUCGAAUCCGCCGACACGAUCGACAAUGUCAAGACCAAGAUUCAGGAGAAGGAAGGUAUCCCCCCGGACCAACAGCGAUUGAUUUUCGCCGGUAAGCAACUCGAGGACGGCCGAACCCUGGCUGACUACAACAUCCAGAAGGAGUCCACCCUUCACUUGGUCUUACGUCUUCGUGGUGGUGCCAAGAAGCGUAAAAAAAAAACUUACACCACCCCCAAGAAGAUCAAACACAAACGUAAGAAAGUCAAGAUGGCCGUCUUGAAAUACUACAAGGUUGAAAGCAGUGGUACCAUCAAACGACUACGACGAGAAUGUCCAGCCCAGACCUGUGGUGCUGGUGUUUUCAUGGCUUGGCACCACGACCGACAGUACUGCGGGAAGUGCGGUCUCACCUACUUGUUCGGUGACAAGAACUUGGCCAAACCCACUUAAGCCCUUGGAUGGUCUCACCAAUGUAACCUCAAGAGUCGAUAUGUCUAAACUCUAUGCACUUGAUGUUUAGUAAUCUAUCUCAACUAUGCCCCAGCAUUCCCUGUCACAUUUGCGACAGCAUUCCCUUGAGAUCAAUAGUCACUCGGGACGAUGUCCAUCGCAUGUUGCAUGAGCUGCGGGCCCCAACCCCAUACCGGCAUUUGAUCGUUGGGUUGCAAACCCCUCCUAACUUGUCCAAGUUUCAUGCUCAUGUGUUCAACACCAUUCCUGAAGCUAGGAAUUCAAGUGGAAAGUAGAUGAAUCUACACGUCCAUCUUUCUAAACGUUUUCAAACUUUUUGCAUCUCAAAAAUCAACUACCUCACUCUUCGAGGAAAAAAAACAUGGCGUUGCUAAGAGAAAGACCAUCAGCUAGCACGAGAGGUACAGUGUCUGAAAGAGAAUGGCACGAGGACAAUCAUUAGAUUUCCCCUCACUGUGAUGGUAGUGUAAGGAAUGAUUCCUAAAAGUACCCUCUG